UGAAAAUUAGAGGAUAAGAUUAUUGUUAAGGACUCCAGGUAGCUAGGGGUGUGCGUUUGCUAGUAAGUGUGCAUUUGAGAGAAUUUGGCUCAGGCUCACGUGUACCUCUUUUAGUAUCAGAGAGGGGAGUGGCUAUUGAAGAAGAAGAAGAAGAAGAAAGGAAACCUGAGCUCUCUGGGAGGAAAUUUAUAGGAACCAAGAGAAAUCAACAUCAUUCUGCAAGUACUAAAAUAGAGCAAGAAGAGAGGUUAAGGGAGCACCUUGAGGUGAAGAGAAACCCACAGAGUAGGGGAUCCCCGAAACCACACUGGCAGAGGAGGAUCCAAGGCAGGUAGUGAGAAGAGACACUCUCUGGGGCUGCUUGAGAAAGUUUGGUCUGUGGACAAAACAGUUUCCCUGGUGACUAUAGAUCCGUUGCUAGCUGCCUCUUUCUCUUCUCCCCAUCAUUUCAGUGUGGUACCCAGAAGUUGACUUCUGAUUCUGUAAAAGCUGCUGGGAGGAGGUAUGAUGAGCUUAAAGGUCCUGAGAAUAAGCCUGGUGAUUCUGGCUGGCUGGACAUUCAGUCCUGCCAACUCUAAGCUGGACUGGACACACAAGAAAUCCUUGGCCCAGAGGGGGCACCUGAACCAGGUGCUGUUGGAAGGGGAACGUUGUUGGCUGGGGGCCAAGGUUCAAAGACCCAGAGCUGCUCCCCAGCAUCACCUCUUUGGGGUCUACCCCAGCAGGACUGGGAACUACCUGAGACCCUAUCUUGGGGGUGAGCAGGGAACCCACAGUGCAGGGCGCAGUAAGGCAGACACUGAGGAAAAGGUGGAGAGCCAUGUUCUCCGAGACCUGACAGGAAAUCCAGCAGGAAAUCCAGCUGCCCCGUGGGUAGGGGGUGGUCCAAUUGGGCAAUCGGAGCUGCUGGGAGAUGAUGACACUUAUCUUGGCAAUCGAGGACUCAAGGAGUCUGUAGGUGAGGCUGGGACUCAGGAAAGCACAGCCACUGCUGACACCGUUAUCACCACUUUCACACGCCUGAAGGAACCCAAACUGGACACCUUCUGGAAGGGCCGAGCCAAGACUAGGCUUCAUCGGCUAGUGGUGAAGAGGCAGGCAGAGGGCGGGCAAGGAGACUCUGACAUCUCUCCUCAGCAUCUCCACCCUUGGCCUAAGCCUCCCCUUAUGCAUGGGGUCAGAAACAGAGCAUUGGAGGACAGCAUCCGCAACAGUAGAGAUGACCCUCACUGGGAAGGAGAGACCUUUCACCCCCAAGGAGGACUGCCUGUCUUGUAUUUCUCAGGGAGGCUGGAGCGGCUGCUGCUGCGUCCAGAAGUGCUGGCUGAGAUUCCCCGGGAGGCAUUCACAGUGGAAGCCUGGGUUAAACCAGAGGGAGGACAGAACAACCCAGCCAUCAUAGCAGGUGUGUUUGAUAACUGCUCCCACACUGCCAGUGACAAGGGCUGGGCCCUGGGGAUCCGCUCAGGGAAGGACAAGGGAAGGCGAGAUGCUCGCUUCUUCUUCUCCCUCCGCACCGACCACGUGAAGAAAGCCACUGUUGUGACUGGCCGCAGUCGCUACCAACCAGGCAUGUGGACACAUGUGGCAGCCACUUACAAUGGACGGCGAAUGGCCCUGUAUGUGGAUGGAACUCAGGUGGCCAGUAGCUCAGACCAGUCUGGGCCGCUGAACAGCCCCUUCAUGGUGUCCUGCCGCUCUUUGCUCCUGGGGGGUGAUAACUCUGACCAUGGGCACUAUUUCCGUGGGCACCUGGGCACGCUGGCCUUCUGGUCAAUGGCUCUCCCACAAAGCCACCUCCAGCACAGCCUAAAGCAUUCCAGUGAGGCGGAGGAGUUAACCACCCUGAUUCUGACAGCCAGUUUUGAGCCCCUGGAAGAACAGUGGGUCCCCUUUAGAGAUGAGAAGUUCCCACGUCUUGAAAUUCUCCAGGGCUUUGAGAUGGCGCCUGAGAUUCUGUCACCUCUGCAGCCCCCACUCUGUGGGCAAACAGCUUGUGAUAAUGUGGAACUGAUCACCCAGUACAAUGGGCACUGGCCCCUUCGGGGAGAGAAGGUGAUGCGCUACCAGGUGGUGAACAUUUGUGAUGAUGAGGGCCUGAACCCCACUGUGAGCGAGGAGCAGAUCAAUCGGCAGCAUGAGGCAUUGGACCAGGCCUUCAGUCGCUACAACAUCAGCUGGCAGCUGAGCAUUCGCCAGGUCCACAACUCCACUCUGCGCCACCGGGUUGUGCUUGUGAACUGUGAGCCCAGCAAAAUCGGCAAUGACCAUUGCGACCCUGAGUGUGAGCACCCACUCACCGGCUACGAUGGGGGAGACUGCCGUCUGCAGGGCCGCUGCUACUCGUGGAACCGCAGGGACGGGCUGUGCCACGUGGAGUGCAACAACAUGCUGAAUGACUUUGACGACGGUGACUGCUGUGACCCGGAGGUGGCCAACGUGCGCAAGACCUGCUUUGACCCUGACUCGCCCAAGAGGGCAUACAUGAGUGUGAAGGAGCUGAAGGAGGCCCUACAGCUCAACGGUACUCACUUCCUGAAUGUCUACUUUGCCAGCUCAGUUCGGGAAGACCUUGCAGGUGCAGCCACUUGGCCUUGGGACAAGGAAGCCACUAGUCACCUGGGUGGUGUUGUCCUCAACCCUGCCUAUUACGGCAUGCCUGGCCAUACCAACAUCAUGAUCCAUGAGGUGGGACAUGUCCUGGGACUCUACCAUGUCUUCAAAGGGGUCAGUGAAAGAGAAUCCUGCGAUGACCCUUGCAGGGAAACAGUGCCGUCCAUGGACACGGGAGACCUCUGUGCUGACACGCCCCCCACUCCCAAGAGCAAGCUGUGCCAGGACCCAGAGCCUACCAAUGACACCUGUGGCUUCACCCACUUCCCAGGGGCUCCGUUCAGCAACUAUAUGAGCUACACAGAUGAUGACUGCACUGACAGCUUCACCCCUAACCAAGUGGCCCGAAUGCAUUGCUAUUUGGACCUUGUAUAUCAGCAAUGGAGUCAAAGCAGAAAGCCCACCCCCAUUCCCAUUCCACCCAUGGUCAUCGGGCAAACCCACAAGUCCCUCACUAUCUACUGGCUGCCUCCAAUUAGUGGAGUUGUGUAUGACAGGGACCCAGGAAGCCUGUGUGGAGCCUGCACUGAAGAUGGAACAUUCCGUCAGUAUGUACACACAGCUUCCUCCCGGCGGGUGUGUGACUCCUCAGGUUACUGGACUCCAGAGGAAGCUGUGGGGCCUCCAGAUGUAGAUCAGCCCUGCGAGCCAAGCUUGCAAGCCUGGAGUCCUGAGCUCCACCUGUACCAUAUGAACAUGACGGUCCCCUGCCCUACGGAAGGCUGUAGCCUGGAGCUCCUCUUCAAGCACCCAGUCCAUGCCGACAUGCUCACUCUGUGGGUCACCUACCUCUCCAUGGACUCCUCCCAGGCACUCUUCGACACGGAGAUCUUGCUGGAAAACCAGGAGUCUGUGCACCUGGGCCCCUUAAACACUUUCUGUGACAUCCCACUCACUAUCAAGCUUCAUGUUGAUGGGAAGGUUUUGGGGGUGAAAGUCUACACCCUUGAUGAACGGAUGGAGAUUGAUGCAGCUCUCCUGACUUCUCAGCCCCACAGUUCUUUGUGCUCUGGCUGCAGGCCUGUGAGGUACCAGGUUCUCCGCGAGCCCCCAUUUGCCACUGGCUUGCCCAUGGUGGUGACACACCCCCACAGGAAGUUCACGGACGUGGAGGUAACACCUGGACGGACAUAUCAAUACCAGGUCCAGGCUGAAGCUGGAGCAGAACUGGGAGAACCUUCGCCUCCCCUGAUCCAUAUGCAUGGAGCUCCUUACUGUGGAGAUGGGAAGGUGGCAGAGGGAUUGGGAGAACAGUGUGAUGAUGGAGAUCUUUUGAGCGGAGAUGGCUGCUCAAGGACAUGUGAACUGGAGGAAGGCUUCAACUGUGUAGGGGAACCAAGCCUGUGCUACAUCUAUGAGGGAGAUGGGAUAUGUGAGUCCUUUGAGAAGGAAACCAGCAUCUUAGACUGUGGGCUCUAUACUCCCAAAGGAUACUUGGAUCAGUGGGCUACUCAAGCUUACUCCUCUCAUGAAGACAAGAAGAAAUGUCCUGUUUCCUUGGUAACUGGAGAACCUCAUUCCAUGAUUUGCACAUCAUAUCAUCCAGACUUACCUGAACACCGUCCCCUUACUGGCUGGUUUCCCUGUGCCACCAGUGGAAAUAGAUCUCAGCAUGAAGGGAGUGAGCAGCCAGAAGGUAGCCUGGGGAGAGAAGAUGAGGUUUGGCUCCAAGUGUGUUUCAAUAGACCGGGAGUGGCCACAGCAAUUUUCAUUUUCUUAACGUCUGAUGGCCUGGUCCCUGGGGAGCAUCAACGGCCAACAGUGACCCUCCAGCUAACUGAUGUCAGUGGAAGAAACCACUCUCUUGGAACCUAUGAACUGUCAUGCCAGCAUAACCCACUGGUUAUCAAUGUGACCCAUCACCAAAAUGUCCUCUCCCACCGUACCACCUCAAUGCUGCUGAAUUUCUCAUCCCCAAUGGUGGGCAUCUCAGCAGUGGCUCUAAGGACAUCCUCCCACAUCAGCCCUGCAGCUCCCAAUAACUGCAUACCCGAGCACAAGGGACAAGAUUAUCAGGGACAGAGCUGUGUCCAUCAGCCUUGUGGGGAGCAGGGCAGCUGUGCUCCAUUGCUGCUUGAUCACAUGGAUGUGGUGAAUUGUACCUCUGGUGGCCCAGGUCACAUGAAGUGCGCGGUCACCUGUGAACGGGGUUUUGCCCUUCAGGCCAGGAACGGGCAGUACCUCAAGCCCAUGCAGAAGGAAAUUCUGCUCACGUGUUCCUCUGGGCACUGGGACCGGGCUGUGAGCUGCGUGCCCCUGGACUGCGGCAUUCCGGACCAGUCUUUGGUGAACUACGCAAACUUUUCCUGCUUGGAAGGAACGGGCUUUCUCAAACGCUGCUCAAUCUCCUGUGUCCCACCAGCCAAGCUUCAAGGACUGAACCCAUGGUUGACCUGUCUUGAAGAUGGGCUCUGGUCCCUUCCAGAAGUCUACUGCAAGUUGGAGUGUGAUGCUCCCCCUGCUGUCCCCAACGCCAACUUGCUCCUGCCUCACUGCCUGCAGGGCAACCAUGAUGUGGGUUCUGUCUGCAGAUACGAAUGCAAACCGGGCUACUACGUGGUAGAAAGUGCGGAGAGUAAAGUCAAGAAAAAGUUCCUGAAGAUACAGUGUCUAGAGAGUGGAAUAUGGGAACAAGGCAGCUGCAUUCCAGUGAUGUGUGAGCCCCCUUCUCCCAUCUUUGAAGGCAUGUAUGAAUGUACCAAUGGCUUUGAGCUGGACAGCCAGUGUGUGCUCAACUGUAGCCAGGAAAGUAAAAGGCUUCCCAUCCUCUGCACUAAGGAGGGACUGUGGACCAAGGAGUUUAAGUUGUGUGAGAACCUGCAAGGAGAAUGCCCACGACCUCCCUCAGAACUGAAUUUCGUGGAGUACAAGUGUGAACAGGGAUACGGGAUUGGUGCAGUGUGCUCCCCAUCAUGUGUAAUCCCCCCUAGUGAUCCCGUAUUGCUGCCGGAGAACAUCACUGCUGACACUGUGGAGCACUGGAUGGAACCUGUUAAAGUCCAGAGCAUCGUGUGCACUGGGCGGCGGCAGUGGCACCCGGACCCCUUCCUGAUCCACUGCAUCCAGUCAUGUGAGCCUUUCCAAGCGGAUGGUUGGUGUGAUACUAUCAACAACCGGGCCUAUUGUCACUACGAUGGAGGAGAUUGCUGCUCUUCCACACUCUCCUCCAAGAAGGUCAUUCCAUUUGCUGCUGACUGUGACCUAGAUGAAUGCACCUGCCGAGACCCCAAGGCAGAAGAAAAUCAGUAACUGUGGGUUCAAGCACCUUCCUCCCCUGCCCUGGAGGUGGUAAGAAAGAGAGGUCACCACAGGAGGAAACAAGUGAAUGAAGAAGAAAGGUCAUGAAAAGAAGGAAGAAGAGUGUGGAGGAAUGAAAGAGGAUAUUUAUUGCAUCAAGUGGCCCAAGUAAGGAAGGAUCAUAGGCAAAAGUUUCUUCAAAGUGAUGGUUGAUUAAAAGUGGAAGGAGAAAUAUGAUAGAUAUACAAGGACCCUCCUCCCUCAUUUAUACUCUACUCAAUCCCCAUCUCAACUCUUGCCCUACUCCCCACUCUGCACCCUGCCAGCUAUUCAGCCCCACCCAACUUAUAAACCAAUACCAAAUACUAGAAGAAAAGGGAUGCUCUGUUAGUACCCAUUUUGAAUGGUUUGCCAUUUUUCAGGGCUUGUCUACUCUAAACUGGCCCUUCCCCCCUCCCAUUUUUUUGUGUAGUCUCCCUUAAUAAUAAUGUUAGUUAUUAAUUCUUUAAAAGUAUUUAAACAUAAUUAUAUAAAUAUAUAUAUUUUUUGCUGUCUACUAAGCUGAAAAUUAUCCAUUGUUCCACACAUGCUGCUGUGAAGUUCAUGUCCAAAAUGAAUGCUGAGGGUUUGAGAGCAGAUGGGCAAAUCCUUCUGCCACCUUUCUGUUGAUUGGCAGGUGGAGUGGGAAGUAGAGAAUGAGACAGAGCGAUUAGGUAGAGUUCUUAAUGCUGCCAUGUUAGCCGAUUAUCUUUUUAUGAGCUGGGAGCUGGGCCCCACUUUGAGGAGAUAGGUGGUUAGUAUGGCUAUACUAAGAAGCAUGGGAAGUUGCAUGAAUACCCAUCGUUGAUGGGUCCAGGAGAACUAGACUAUGGUUCUUGAAUGCCCAUCCAAAAAGAACGUAUUAAGUUCUCUCCACUUCUCGGAACUCUCAGCUGGAGUUGGUGAGACCCAGGAUUUUCUCCAUUUCCACAUGUGCCUGUUGCAAGCGUGGCUCUCAGCCAGCCAAUCAGUCAACAAGUGUGUGUUAGGUUUAAUUCCCUGAUCAACAGGAUCACAAAACUCACGCACUCCUCAUACUUGGCCUGUGUCCUCGCUCCUUGUUAGAAGUCCCCAAGCCUGGCCAUCAUUCAUAGCCACAUGACUAAUUUGUUGAUUUUCUGAAAAGAAUUUUAUGGAAGGGACUUGGGGAAAGGUGGGAACAGAUGGAAGAAUAGUCAGGGAUGGAGGAGCCAAGGGAGGCUCAAGAGAGGUGAGAGGUCAGGUUUAAAUCAGGCACCAGAGCCAGAAAAUGAAAUGAGUCAAGGAGACUCAGUCCUUGUUCCAAGCCUCCCAAGAAGACAAAAGAGUACCAUUUGAGCAAUGUAGAGUCCGAGGUAAAUUCUAUUCAAAUGUGACAUGUAAAAUCUGUGACCUUGAGAUAUCUACUUGUGCAAGCUAUGGAAACUUGUGGAGCAAGGGUGACACUCUGUGGGGAGAGAGAAGAAUGUCAACUAUUGAGGGUCCAUUUUGUUGUCUUUACCUUUUCUUGUUCAGUAGAUGGACUUUACAGAAAUGAUCACUUGAACCUGCCUCUAUUUACAUCUCAGGCUCACUAUUUUCGCAUGUGGUCUAUUGAAGUUGGGUUUUUUUCCUGACAACUUCUGGAUUAGGCUGGGGAGAAGGAGAGUAAUUUCUGUUCAACAUAUCAGUCUAAUCAUUUUAGGAAAGGCUGUGAGGCUAGUUAUCUCCCUGAAAGUUUCUUCUCCAAUGGAAGUUAAAAACAGGCAUAAAAUAGGAGCUCCACCUUGGUCUCUUUAAAUUGGCUGCUCUUUGUCCUGGCCACAGUUUUUGUUUGCUUAUUUUUGCUUGUUUUUUGUUUCGCUUUUUUUUAAUUCAACACAGAGGCAUUGCCUUUGCAAAUAGGAAGAAGAAAUGCUACCCACCGCUAUCUUGAAAUAGACUUCAUGUAGGAAAGAACAAUAUUCUGAAAUGGAAAAAUCAAGGAGAAGGGGGAUAUACAUACAUUUAUCUCUGGGGAGGUAGAACAUGGUUGGCAAAGGCAUUGAGAAAGCAAAGAACAGAGUUUACCCAUCAAACAACUCUCAUCUUCUAUAUUUCUAGCCCAUAAGGGAAACUAUAGCCUAGGUACCAUUCACUUCCUGGUUUCACAUUUAGUGUCCCAAAGAAGAUAAACAUUUCUGGGACUCUGGUUGAUAUAGGCUUUAAUAUGGGAAGAAUAGUGGAAAAGCUUAGGUUCUUCAUCUUUAAAAAAAAGUGUUACAAAAUGGUUUUCUUAGGGAAAGUAUCCAAACUCCUGGAAGCAUGGCAAACUCCACCUCAGGGAAUCCUGCCUUGUCUGGGGAUGGAGAAGAGGAGUCCUGGACCUGGGUGUUCCCCAGCUCGGGGAAGGCUGUAGCCCCACACAAGCACAGGGACACUGUGUCUCAUUCCAGUGCGUGUCUGUGCUCAGAUUCUCCACAGAGUAACAUUGAGAGCA